ACACGCGUGUUUAGAGAACGCAUCGUCGACCGUUCGAUUAAUCUCUUGCGGCAUUUGCGAACAUGAGCAAGACGAUUCCAUGGUUCCCAUAUCAACUAUUCUUCCUAAUAGUGGAACCUAUAUCCGCCCUAGUCGGUGCAUACUACGCCGCUGGUCGUCCCGAGGAAUACCUAUCACUUCUCUCCUCAUCACCAACGCAGCUCGUAACCACAUCCACACCUACACUCAUCUCACUAUACCAACUGUCCAAUCUCUAUCUCUUAUUCGCCUUAAAUGAGCACAUUGUGCUCUCAUCCACGAAUUCUCUCAAAACAUGGCGUCGACUGUUGUUCUGCCUUCUCCUCGCAGAUUUCGGUCAUUUGGCUACGAUGUGGCCUCUGGCAUUGGAAAAGGGAGUCGGUGAAGUGUAUUUUAGGUGUUGGGAUUGGAAUGCGAUGGAGUGGGGAAGUAUUGGAUUCGUGUAUAUGGGUGCACUGAUGAGGAUCAGUUUCUUAGUUGGAUUAGGUCUCAAGACUGAUACGAGAGGGGAAGAGAAGCGAGAUAAAGACGAGUGAAUGGGAAACCACAAUGUACUUUCCUGUUUCUCCCAUAUUUCAUGGAGAUUGACACUCAGCAGACUAUUCAGAUAUCAUGAUUGCGCUCGCAGCAAAUGCUCAUUUUAUUGACAAUGAGUAUAGAGUAGUCAUCAAUCAUAGUACUUUUGAGCGAUGACCCAUA